AUGUCGAAGUUUGUUAGUUGUUUGAAGGCAAAGCCAAGAAAGAAGCGCAUCAGUCGUAAGAACAUGGCUAGCAGUUCAACGUCUGCUAUAAACCACAUCAUAGAUGUAGAUAAAAUUAUAGAUUUAGAUGAUUUCAACUUAUCAGCUCCCCAUGAUGAUGGGGAUAAGAUGUUCAUGAUGUCUGAUGAGAAAUACACACAGGAACUACAACUUCAAGAAGCUCUAACACCUUCAGCAUCCAAAACAAAUGUAUCAUCGUCAUCACAAAAAGUUGCAUCAUCAUCAUCAUUACACGAGCGCAUUUGUGGCAUUUGCUUGGACUCAAAAGCUCUACCAGAAAUCUUUUCAAAUGCAAAGGUUUGUGGCCAUCUGUUCUGCUCUGCUUGCAUAAGCCAAUAUGUAUCUGUGAAGAUCAAAGAAAACAUCGCGAAGGUGAAGUGUCCUGACCCCAUGUGCAAAGGGCUAAUAGGACCUGAAGUUUGUCGAGAUAUAGUCCCAAAAGAAGUUCUUGAAAGAUGGGAGGAUGCUUUAUGCGAGUCUAUGAUCAUGGCUACUCAGAAAUUCUACUGCCCGUUUAAAGAUUGUUCAGCCAUGUUGGUGGAUGAUGGUGGUGUAGCUGUGACAUCGGCAUUAAUGCCCAAACUGCAACAGAUUGUUCUGUGCACAGUGUAA